GUGUACCUUUCAGCCAUCAAUGUUUUGAUAUCCUCCAACUACCAGAGAGCUAUAGUAGGUUAAUUGUUUACAUUCGAAACGUUGUUUAGGCAUAUGUUUUACUGAGACGAUGACAUAGCUGCAUUGCCAGCAUAGCAGCGCAAUGAGCAACUUCUUUACUGGAGUAAUGCAUUUAACAAUUUAGAAUUUGGUAAGCCUAGAAUUUGAUUUACACAUACUGGAAAUGAACCGACCUUCUAGCGAUAUCCCAAUCUUGAGUGACCGGAGAAAAGUAGCAAAAAAGAGAUGGGAAAUUCUUGCCAAAGUAAGUUUUGCGAUGUAACUAUCAAUCAAUAUCGAAUAAAAUUUGGAAAAGCAUGCUUUAUUUCCCUACUACUUUCAUUGAGUAGGUUUAGUCGUACUAGCUAAAGAGAAUUUUCUCCAUUGAAAUAUUUAGCCCAACUUUAUCAGCUAUAUCAGAGUCGUCCGGGAUUAAACUCAAAGUCAGCAAAAUUUUAUUGUAAUAGCUGCCAAUUAGUGUAUCUUACUCUUAUCGAAUCGAACAAGAAACAGUCACGUUAAAAAAAACAAAUUCAAUGGACACCUUUUUAAAAAUGUCAAAAAACAUCAUUUAAAUAGCCAAUUGUACGGACAAGUAACUAUCGCAAAUCGUACACUUUGCCUCAUUCUCAUUGUGUCCUUCAACAAAGCAAGGAAACUUAUUUUUCAUAGUGUUCGAGAAUUUGCAUUUUCUCUUUGUAGAAGCCAUUUUCAUAAACAGAUGGCAAAAAUUACAAAUUAAAAAAACAAUUUAAAUUUGCGUCUUUGUUGUCGGAACCGGAAAUAACAUUAACAUUUUGACCAUAGAUAAUACAGCACAGAGCUAGAUUGUGAGAAUGACUAAAAUCGACAGGUUCACAGAAAUGCAUAGACUUUAUACAUUGUAACAACGUAAACAUACGAGGUAAUAGUUGUAACAACGAUACAUAAAAAUUAUAAUAUAAAAUGUAAGAAAAGCCGGACAUUUUAAAAGAUUUUAUUUUUGCCUGCCUGAUGGAGAAUGUUAAGCUAAAAAGGACAUGUCCUCCUCUUGCCGGACGUUUGGCAACCCUAUGCCAGGGCAGCCUUGAAACUCUCGGUUGAUGUAGAGUCUACGGCGGCAUUGUCCAGUUGGUUCCAAGCAAUUAUUGUUUGUGGGAAGAAUGAUUGUUAAAUUGUUUAUAUUAAACUCUGUUACACCGGGCACAGUGAAGCAUUUACUAUUGUUCCGGAUGUAACUGCUCAUAGUGUUGUCAGAUGUGAAGUCAGUGUUUCUUGUGCUUUUGGCUCUGAUUAAGUGACCUGGCUUCUGUGGGGUGAGAUAUGUGUUAGCUGGAAUGGUCGGCACUAGCCUUGUGACCACUUUAUACAGGAAUUUGAUCAGAGGUAUUUCUGGUGGGGGGUUGUGUUUGGUAGUGCAUUUAUAAAUAUCAAAAGUAGGCAUAAUGGCAACCAUUUCCAGCAGCGAAUCCAACACCCAAGCUCUACAUAAACUUUAUUCAAACAGUUUUGGUGUCCUGGCCCUGGGGGUAUGCCUUUGAUCCCAUCUUAUUUUCGCCCCUGGAUUCUAUAAAGAGCUAUAUGAUCACCUAUUUUUACCAAAUGAAAGGAAAAUAACAGCUAUCUAACAGUUAAGAAAAUCAUUUGAUUAUUAACAUGUACCGAUUUCUUUAUACAGACACAAAGUUGCCAGUAAGGGUACUUUGAUUGGGGACGGGGGAACUGGAAAUUUUUUAGUAAUUUAAAAUCAAGGAAUGCAUUUUGGUGAUUACCUGACUUCAGUUUUACAUCAACUGAGAAACAGAAAAGAUGCUUGGAAAUUUAGAUGUCUCUCAACUUGGUUGUGUUUUAUAAAAAUACUUUUUUUUAUUGUUACUUAAUCAUAAUUUUGUUAUAUAUUUUUUAUUUAAACUAUUUCUUUCUUUUACCUACAUUUUCAUUAAUAAAUGAGUACAAAAUAAUGCAGUCAUGUGGUCCAAAUAAGUGCCGAUACGCAAUGCCGGUGCCUAUUUCACAAAAAAGUACUUACCUGUACAUCAUAAUAGAUACUGAACGAAAACAAAAUGGAGUCGCCCUAAAUCUUUAAACCUUAAAUCUAUUUGACCUAAAGGGAACAUGUUCUUUUGCUACAGUUAAACACUGUAACAAGAAAAUCGCUAAUCAUAAUAAAAUAAUUUAAAUUAUUCAUAAUAAUGAAAGACCAACUUACAGUUCACUUUAACACACUUUAUUACAAGUUCCAUCAAAAGUAAAAAUCCUAAAGAUGUCAGAAAUUUGAAAAAAGAAUAUUUCUUUUCUGCUGCACCGUGGCUGUGCCAAGUAAAAGUGGUGUCGGGGGGAUGCCUUACAUGCCAUCCCUCAGUAAAUGGAAAAAUUGCUGCCUGGGGCGAACCAGUAGAUAAACCAUUUUCUAGAUUGCAUUCUGGAGUGAUUGCAUAAAUUGAAGUGAUGGCACCUGAAUGUUUCUUUCAUGUGUGAGUCUUGCCAUCAAGAACAAAUUGGCUUGCGAUGAAAACUCUCUGCUGUGAUGCUUACUUUUGUAUUUUGUGCCACUUCAAUCUUUGCUAUGUCCUUCACUAUCCUUAAAAGAUGUUUGAUUUCUUUUAAAACUAAUAAAUUGAAUCACUUUUUAAGCAAAGCAAUCUUAGGAGAAGGGGUUGAAUUAUUAAGGUAAUUUUUUUUCCAUUAUAAAUGAGACAUGGAAUCAUAAAGAAUACAAAUUAAGUGUAUACAAAUUCAUUGUUUGCAGUGAAUAAUGGUGCAUAUUUUAUCUUUGUAAUUUUUAUCUACUUUAAUCUUAAUACUUUGUGAAGACUUAUUGUGGAAUGUUGUUAAGAUUAGAUGUCGAUGCCCUAGUAAUGAUUUCCUUGACACUUUAGGUUUUACAAGGAAGCACCUGUGAGGAGACUGUUGAUAGUAUUGUUUCUGUGAGGCGGUUCCAGUCUUUUGGAUUGUUAUCCCAGCAACUGCUUACUGGGGAUAAUUGGAGUACAGAUUUGCAUGCCAACUGGUAUUUAUACACUUGUCCAGAUAUCCCUGGCUUCUCAAUGCACAUAAGGUAGGCAUGAGGAAAACUCACAAUCUUAGUUUAAAGCAGGCCUGCACAACAUACGGCCCACGGGCGGGCAUGUGUUUGCCUGCACCCUCUUUGCGCCCCGCGAAGUAACGAAACAUUCUUUAUUCGUAUUAUUUUCUGAAUAGCUAUUCCCCCCUGACCUAUUUUCUUUUGGCCCACAGAAGUCAUAUCCUAUUUCCUUUUGGCCCGCAAAAGAUUUUCAUAAAGUAUUACGGCCCGCCUUACAUUUUGAGUUGCGCAGGCCUGGUUUAAAGUAUUAAAGCAGUAUAUUAAUCAGAUGAUUUACAGCAGAUUAUAGCAGAGCAGUCACAUGACUAUUGGAGGCGCCCCCCCCCCCUCCUUCCACGCCACUUUGCGGUUUUGGCCCUCCUGCAUUCAAAGCUGGCAGUUAAAUUUUUGUUCCCUGUCACAACUGUGGAUGCCAUAAAUAUCCAAGGCCCCUGGCAGCCGAAGGUGUUGAAGGUCCCAUGUGACAGCUCUGAUCAAUAGAUAUGAAUGAAAAUGUAUCAAUAUACCAUAAGAUGUCAAUUAACAGAGGGCUUUUCUUAAAUUUAACAUCUAAAGUAAUUACCGCAUAUUAUUGUAUUUAAUUUUGCAUAAAUUAUAUGUUGUAUAUAUAAAAAAAAAAAGCUAAAUUAGAGUCAGAUAAGUUAUAAAUGUGAAAAUAUUUAGUUUUUAAGAAAAUGAAUAGUUUUCAAUGAACAAGAAACAUUUUGAGAGAAACUUAUUUGGAGCAUUUAGACAGUGAAAAAAGACUUAUUUGAAAUAUUGUAAAAAUGGGACGAAUUUUCUAUUUUUAUCUCUGUUUGAUUUUUAUUUUCUUUUUAAAGAAGUAAUGGAUAAACAAAUUAAAAGCCAAUAAUGGAUAAUAUUACUCAUGCCGUUGCAGACACCUUUGUGGAGGAAUUUCAGCUGAGAGAUUGAAUGGUUUUAACAACACUGGAAAUGUUUGUGAGUAGAAUUAGAAAUAAUUUUGCUUUAAAAAUAAAAUAUAAGAAUGAAUAAAUUUAUUUUCCCCAAAAAUUGACUCAGAUUAUGCCUUUACAAAAAAGUAAACAUUACAUUUAAGAAUGCUAUGAUAAUUAUCAAAUUUUCAUCAAAAACUACUCUAAUCUUCUAUUACAUUGUAUGUAUAUAGAUCAUGUAAUGAAAGUUAGAAAUAAGCUAAAUAACAGCAUGGCUAUAUACUGAGCAAAAGUACUAGUAUUUUCAAAUUUUUCAUUAAAAAAACAACUCUGUAAUGUUUUGUUUGAGAUGUUACAUGUUUUAGUCCAGGCUAACUGUCUGACACGUUCCUCACCUGAUUUGUAAUUGUCACCAACAUUUAUUGUUAUUGUUCCAGGUGUGUGGCCAUCUGAGGAGGUCAUGACCUUUUAUUGCAUGCAGCAUGUCCAAGGCUUCAAGUUGGUUUGAACAUGUCUCAAUAAUACUUUAUUUAUAUUUUAAGUUUCAUUUUAUUUGGAAUGACCAUAACAAUACUAAUUACUUCAAAGCAGGAUCAGUAAAUACUUAUGUUACACAAACUUAAUGGACCACUAACAGACUUGGCAAAAUAAAAUAUCAUACCUUUUCCUAAGUUAAACAUUAUUAUCAUGGCUUGAUAGAUAUUUUAUGCCACUACAAGUCUUAAACCUUCACUGAAAAUAAAGUUCAGUCUCUAGAAAUAGAAAUAUCCUCAUCAAAUUAGUUUUAACUAAAUCUUGUCAGUAAUAAUUAGCUUUAAUUAUGGUAAAUAACAUUGAACAAUUGCCUCCCAAACAUUUAUGUCGUUUCCUUUGCUGACAAUAGAUGAAUGGAAUUAAGGAGGUCAACAAAUUUUUAAAAAAUUUAAUAGCUUUCUUUGGUGUUGGAUUGAAAGAUUUGAAAAUUAGCAUAAUCUUAAAUCAAAACACCUCAAAGUAAUGUUUCAAGCACAAAAAUAAGUCAAGCUGCUUUAUAAAUAUUUAAAAACAUACAACAGAAUAGUUGAUUUAUUACAUUAUCGCAAUUAUUUUUUUUUACUAAACCACUAACUAAAAUUUCUUUUUUUUUCAGUACCAACAUUUAUUUAAAAAAUUUUAUAUACAGUAAAAAUAAAAGAGUAAAUAGUAAAUAGAACAGCUUAGACAUUAUGAUGUUCAUAAUUUAUAUUGACAUGUAGUGGAUGAAAAAAGGAAACUUAAUUUGAGUUGACACAUGGAAAUACUAUUUUAAUCUGGGAAUUUACUGUAUAUAUAAUUAGCAUGAAUGAAUCUAAAUAAAGUAUUAAUUACACACACAUAUAGUGGUUCAAAAGGCAUGCUAAUACAAUAAUUGCAUUUAGAAGUGAAUGUUAAGAAUUAUUUUGUUGUGGUUAAUGAGAGUUCUCAUUUUGUUUAAUAUGCUGAUAUUGUGUGUCACCUGAGAAGAAUACACUUGCCACAAUAUCAUCCACAAAAUUUAAAAUAUAUUUGGAAUUAGAGGAGAGAUUUUGGAUUGGAAAAUGGAGUCAUUAGCACAAAAAAAUAUUUUUGGUGAGGUUUGGGGUCUUAGUUGAAAGGCACUAAUAUCAAGAACUAAAUUUAUAUUUAGGUACAGUAAUUAGUAUUAAACUGUUGUAUAUUUCUUUCUACCAGAGGCAUGACUCUCUGUGAACUUGGUGGAGGAAUGACUUGCUUGGCUGGAGUUGCAGUAAGUUGUCCAUUUCAUAGUUGGUUUAUUUCUUGGUGGAACAUCACUUUUAAAGGGGAAGGAUCAAGAUAAAAUCUUUUGACCUCCUUACAAUCUAACAAACAUGCUGCUUUGCAACUUGUUCCUUGAAGCAGUCCAAGCCACCAAGUAGCACAUCUGGGAGCAGUCCAAGCCACCAAGUAGCACAUCUGGGACCAGUCCAAGCCACCAAGUAGCACAUCUGGGAGCAGUCCAAGCCACCAAGUAGCACAUCUAGGAGCAGUCCAAGCACCAAGUAGCACACCUGGGGUGCAUAAGUGUUCUGAACAUAUUCCAUACACAAUUAUUUGUGCAAUUUUUUUAUUUUUAAAAAUCUGCUUGCUUAAUACAAAUGUGAAAUAUUAAGGGCAAGACAGAUCUAACAUCAAGUUUUGUCAAAAACAUAAACAAAGUAUGAUAGUGAUGGUUUUUGUUGAAACUAGAAGAUGUGAAUGGCAAUUUGGCUUAUUUUUUUCCUUUUCCUGAAAAUCAUGCAGCUGGCUACAAGUGCUAUAAAUUCUAAAUUAUAACUUGCCAUUUGGCUAGUUCCCCAAAAAACUGUACAUGAGUAUGAAAAACCAGUGUAGAUUUCAAUCAUGUGUCAUCACUGUCAUGUGCAAAAAUAUUUCUUUUGUAAAUCCAGUAAAAAAAAUGUACAGAAUCCUGUAUGGCAGUACAACUUGAAAAAACAUUAAAAACCUGUACAAAGUAUGGAAACCCGUACAGGUUGGCAUGUAUGGGCUAGGGUUACUCUAAAUGUACUGAAUAUUUUUAGCCGCUUGAUACCAGAGUGUGUUCAUCUGAAAUAACGUUAUUAUUUGAAUGUAUUCAAUACCGGUACGCAAUAAACUAACAUCUGCUGUAAUUUGUUCCAGCUUUUACAACAUUAAUUUUUACCAUUCUGUUCAUGUAGUUGGGGCUCUGUUCUGAAGCUGCUCAUGUUGAACUUACUGAUGGAAAUGAAGACUCUGUUAAAAGUAAAUAUACCACAAAUAUCUUGUUCCAAUUACUUUAAAAUAAUUAUGAUUUCCUUAGAUCAUUAAGCAAACCCUAAUAAAAGAAAAACUCUUUAUGAAAUGAUGUUUACAAUGAAAACAGUUAAAAAGAGAAACACCUCUUAAAUACACUGGCCUGGUUCCACUCUUGAUGGGCAUUCUUCAUGACACCUAACAAAAUAAUUUACUGUUUCAGACUUGGAGUGUAUCAUAGAGCAUAAUAAGUUUGAGAAUACAACAGUGAGUGCAAGGUAGGAUCACAUGUCCAUUUGUUCAGGCUGUCAUGUCCAUUUGUUCAGGCUGUCAUGCCCAUUUGUUCAGGCUGUCUCAUCAUUCCACACAAAUUGUUUAUUUGAGCUGACAGUCAUCAUUUUAAAGAGUCCAUCUCUUCAUGAAGUUAUGUCUUUGGGUGCUGAGUGGCAGAGUGGUCUAAUCUGAGUCUGACGUUAAAUCCCCCGCGAAGCCCAGUCAAGCAAAAACAUCACCAGUUGAUGGGACUCAUUAACCUUGGCUGGCAGCUCAUCUAAGAGAGGAAGCUGAAUUCUAACCCAGAGAUGGAAUUCCGGAGACAGAUUACAUUAAUACAUUGGAACAUUGCGGCAAAUCCUGCCACGCCACUGCUGCCAAGCUGUAUCAACCAUAUAUGAUGUUCCUUUGGGUUAUCCAGCAGUGUGAAGAGAGGCAGUUUGCUGUGUAUGAAACCAGCUUAUAAUUCUAAAAAGAAUAAUCCCAGGCCUUGUGGAUUUCAUCCAUGUGAAGUCUACACCCUAGCAUAAAUCUUAGAUUUUUUUUAGACCAAGUGGAUUAAAAAGGAAGGGGGCCUAAGUGACAGACAGUUUUUGUGUAGUUAUAGACAGUUUUUGUGUAGUUAUAGACAGUUUUUCUAUGUUUUUUUCAGACUGCUUCGAUGGGGUCCGGAAGCGUUAGAAGCAGAUCUUCAAUCCAAGUUCGAUUUUGUUCUUUGUGCUGACUGGUAAGGUUUUUGUUGUUUUUUUAUAAAAUAAAAAAACAUUUUGUAACAAGGAAAUCAUUUUGGUAAAAAUGUAUACACAAAUUUUCAAAUAUGAAUAUAUUACUAUUAGACUGAAGUUGUACUUAUUAGGGACCUGAUUCAUCAUAAGCAUGAAUCUAAAGAUACUCUCAAUCUCUGCUUUUAUAAACAGCACUUUAAAUCUUUACGAAUUGCCUAGAUUUUCAUUUUAUAUUUGAUAAUGUUUUUGCAUGUUGAAGUUUAAACAUACUGGCCAUUGCUAUAAGUAAAAUAGAAGCUGUAAUGUGUAUCAUCUCAACAGUUUGUUUUUUGAUGAAGGAAGAAAAGAUCUUGCUCGUCUUAUAUUCGAUUUGCUAAAACCUGGGGUAUGUGGAAUUUUUCAUCAUCAUUUCUACUUUUAUAUAAAUGUAAAUAUUGCUUACACACAAAACAUAUGCUUUGCUGAACAAAUUGUUAUUUCAUAAUUUUCAAUUCGCUUCAUAUUUUUUAAUCACAAUGUAGCUUUCGGACAUAAUUUAUAAAUAUUUAAAUACUUUAUUAUUUGUAACUCUUAAAAAUUGUAGAUAAAUUUAAAAUAAAAAAACAAUUAGUUUACCAAAUGUUCUGUAUACUAUACUAUAGUACAUGGAUCAAAUUCAUAUCCUUUCCUUAUGAUUCUCUUUUGCCAUUUAAAAAAAAAAAUAGAUGUCGGUUGAUACAGCCGAGUCAUAGAACAAAUGAAUUAAUGAAAUCAUGAAUACAUUAAUGAAGCUGCAUGUGAUUAAUUUAAUUUUUUUUCUAUAACAGACACAUUAAAGAGUUCUCUUUAAACUGAAUCUGAGCAAAAUAUAUAUAUUUAUAUUUCGCAAACAGGGCCAAGCAUUGAUAUUUGCGCCCUCAAGAAAUAAUACAUUCCAUCAGUUUGCAGACAUGAUUCAAACGUUUGCACUCUUUGAAGUGUCAACAAAUCAAUUUUAUGAUUCCAGGAUUUGGAACUUGCACUCUAAGGUUAGAUUUUAGGUCAAUGAUGCAACCACAUGAGAGCUAUAUCCCUCCUUGUAUGAAGCCAAGCAAAGCCUGGUUCUUAUAUUUCUUAUAAAUUAAAAUUUCAACUUUUCAUGAGGAAGCAAAAGCGAAAGUUAUCUCUAAGUUUGUUAGUGUUUAGUUCCAGCUUAACAUAUCUCUUUUUCUUGGCACAUAGAUCUGUAGUUUUAAAAAUGAAACAUACUUGUGAAAAAUGAACUGGUAUAGAGAGGAUUUUUCAAAGAUUUUGUUAUACAUUUCAGAUGAAAGCUGAUUUGCCAGAUAUAUAUGAUGAAACAAUUCAUUUCCCAAUCAUGAUGACUUUAUUAAAGCCACCAUCUGCUCAUUCAAGGGACGUCACACCAGAGUCAAGAUAAACAAUUGAUAUUCAUUAUUCUUGGUGCAAAAUCCAAAAAGAAAGAGCAUUUAAUGAGUAUCAUGAAAAUUAAGCUAAAUUUAGAAUGAAAAGUCAUUUUUACAAUCUACAAUGGGAAUUUAGAUGCAAGUGGUAGGUGAUAUGUAUUAAUUAUAGAAUUGGUAUACCUUGAUAAUGAAGGUUAGGUAGAAAGAAAUAAGUGAUACAAAGUAUCUGAAAACCUGAAGAAAAAAAAGAUGCAACAAAGCUACAUUGUUUUGUUGUGUCCUUUUUUCAUGUUUUCCCACGCUUUGUUUUACUUAUUUCAUGAUAUACCUUGAUACAGUUGGUCCGAGCGUUCUUUUUCUGUGUGUGUAAAUAUCAUAAAUUACCAUCUAAAUUUGAAAAUCCUUAUCCUCAAUGUGAUAAUAAUAAUAUUCAUUCCUCUUGUGCAGUUGAUAAUACAAACAAAGCUUCAUUGAAAACUUUAAAUUUCAUAAAUUAAACAUUCAACAAAUGUCUUGAUCGUUAAUGUAUGAAAUUGAAAUGGUUUUGUAUUGAAUGCGAGGGGAAAUAACUGUCAAUUGUGUUUAGCAUUUUGCAGUUGUGUGCUUGGUGAACGUUUUUACCUAUAAUUUAAUUUGUUGACUUCAUUUUAUUUUUAUUUAUAUUUUGAAAUGGAAGAAAACAGAAUUUGAAAUAGUGGGAGAGCAACUCUUUCAUUGAAAUAAUAUAAAAUUACUUCUUGUUUACAGCGGACAUUAUGGGUAUAUUAAGAAUAUAUCUCUUGAUAAAGGUAUCUGUAUAUAUAUUUUUUUUUUAUUUAUGGCGUACUUCCCUUCAUUUUAAAUUGAGGGAUAGUGCACUGAUUAUUAGACUCCACAUGUUCCAUUUCAGAAGGCAAAGUAAAGAAGUUCUUGUAUUUUACUCCACCAUUCCAUGUAACUUAUUUCAUUAAAAAUGUGUGUUCCUUUAUUGAAUAUAGCACAAAUAAUCCAGCAACUAAAUCUGCUUUGUAACAUGUGAUACUACAUUGCCCUGUCCAGAAUUAUGUUUUAGCUUUUGUUGUUACGCACAAUCUGUUCCAUUUUGUUUCUAUUUCUAAAAUAGCAGCUCAUUUGAUAUUAUGGAUUACCUCAGAGAGAGAGAUUGUGU